UGGUAAGCUUAUUCAGCCCAUCAACACCUCCUCCGAUGUGUUUGGAGAUCCUGAUCAACAACCAGAAAUUUCGGAAAGAACCAAACUGAUAAUUAAUAAUAAUCACUCAAAUAUUCAGGAAGCAAAUGAUCAAGAAAUAUUAGAACCUAAAUUGUACAAAUACAGAUGGUUGAUUCUGAUUAUUCAAUCAUCACAAGGAUUUAUGGCCUCCUUUUAUCAGACCAUUUACACAUCCAUAACAUCAUCAGUGCUUGCAUAUUAUAAGAUGAAACCGACUGAUGGUUGGAAAGUUGUAAUGACUUCUACUGUCUAUUUACUUCUCAAUUUUCCGUUCAGUUGUCUUGCAGCUUUUGUUCUCAAGAGGAAAGGCCUUCGCUUUUCCCUCUUCAUAGGAUCCAUUGCAGCAUUUAUUGCUGCUUGGAUUAAGUUUGCUGGUUUCAAAUCUGGUGAUGAGACAUUCUUUUGGAUUGGGUUUGCAGGGUGUGUAAUUGGAAGUAUGUCACCUCCAUUUAUUGUUAACACUUCAACUCUAAUUUCUAAAACUUGGUUUCCUCCAAAGCAGAGAACUAUUGCAACCACAAUUUCAUCAUUUUGUAAUAUAUUGGGAACUGGUGCUUGCUUUGGUAUUGCAGUAGCCUUAGCUGGUGAUGCAAAUUAUAAUAACGAUACAGGUAUGAUUGAAUUAUUGACACUCCAGGCUGGUAUUUCAAGUGUGCUUUUACUUGUUACUGUUAUAUUCUUUAGAGAGAAACCUCCUACACCUCCAUAUAAAAGGGAGGAGAAAGUUCAGGAGACAUCUUUCAUUCAUGACACAAAGGCCAUCCUCACUAAUUUCCCAUUUUUAUGCAUACUGUUAGCCUUUGCAUUUGGUAUUGGAUCUGUUAACGCCUUCCUUACUGAAUUGAACUCUAUUGCAACAGCUAUCGGAUACAGUGUAACAGAUGUUGCUUUUAUUGGAUCUUCUAUUGUUGUGACAGGAUUAUUUGGAGCAGUUGUCUUUGGAGUUAUUGCUGACAUUACAAAGAGAUACAAAACAGUUCUCCUUAUUGCUGGUGUUAGUGCCACUGGCUUCUACAUCUGGUUUUCAGUGAAUAACAUGUAUCAAAGAACUGAUGCCCAUUUCAUUAUGGCCAUGGUUGCAAUUUGUUUCUUUGGAUUUUUCGCCAUUCCACUAGUACCAAUUUUACUCGAAAUGGCAAGUGAGCUAACCUUCCCAGUACCAGAAUCAUUCAGUUCGAGUUUAAUGUUUGGAUGUGGAACCAUGUUUUCUGGCAUUUUCAUCUUUAUUUGUGAAGCCUUAAAGCAGACUGCUGUUGAUUCCAAGACUGGACAAACUGUUGUGAUUUCCAUGCAAAACAGUAUGUGGUUCUGUAUGUCAAUGUUCCUUUGCUCUGUCUUUUUUGCAGUUAUUGCAAAGCCAAACUACAAAAGAAUGACUCACGAAAAGAGCUUGAAUGAUUUGUCAAGCCAAGAAAAUAUUUCUACCAAUAAUACAGAGCAAUAAAUUAUUUAUUAUUU